AUGUUCAAUUACAAUAAGAGGUUUUCAAAGGUAACAAUUCUUGGGAUUAUACAUUUAGUUCUUUACUCAUUAUUUAUAAUCUAUGCCUUGUUCAAUAAAGGCAUUGGUAACCAAGUAUUACCUUUUAUUUACUUUAUAAUACCUAAUUUCGGAUAUCGGGCCCCAUCAAUCACUGCCAAGUUCAGGGGCACAUCGUUUUUGCCGAUACCUAUGAGAAUCAUGGAAAUUAUAAAUUACAAUUCAGAAUUUACAAACGCAUAUUACCUUACAGACAAUAUAAAACCAGUUGGUUAUGUUCCAUACCCUGCCGAAAAGAUGAUUGCAUGUCAUGGAUAUCUUUAUCACUUAUAUGACUGCUAUGUCGGCAACAAAUUAGUUAUAUGUGAUAAUUAUAUCUAUGAUUUUUACAAUCAUGAUAGAAGAGGAGAGUACACUGCAGGUGUUCGCGGCCAAAUUCACUGUGCAAUCCUAGUUAUUAAAUAUUGGAAUACGUAUGGCCAUAAUUUACAUGACUUGCUCGCUACAAUUCUGUUAUUUCCUGAAGAGGUUUUAAAUAAGAACCCAUAUAUCUUCCACGAUUGGGAUAAUAAAUUACUUGAAGAACAUCUCGACGCCCUUGGUCUGUUUUCCAUAAGGAUAUACCCAUGGCAGCUUGAAUUUGUCAGAUGCGAUGAGUUAUAUUAUAUUCAUCCUCGUGAAGUUGCACAUGAAUUCACUGGAUACAGUCUUCCAAAAAUGCACGACAUGUUUAGGAAGAGAUUCAAGCUGGAUAGUAUUAUACCAACGAAAUACAAUAUGUUGAACAAAAAACCGACCGAAAGUCGACAUUUUACAAAUUUUGUUGAGCUUCAGACAGAAUUGAACGCAAAAUACAAGCCAAUUCAAUGGAAUAUCAUUGAAAUGUGCAAUUCUCUUGAAGAAAAAGGGAAACAAUUUGCUGAAACGUUAUUUUUGAUUGCUAGUGGAGGUUCAAUCGUUUAUCAUGCUUUAUUUAUGAGAGAAAGGUCUUCUAUUGUAGUAUUUUUUGCAGAUCUUGUUGAUUUACCUGAUUUAUCUCUGAUAUGUAUGCUAAAAAUGUAUGGAAUCGGAAUUCAGCAUCAGAAUAUGAGUCAUUAUCAAGGAAGUGGAACGAUUUAUAUAAACAAAACCCUCGAUGCUGUUGAAAAAUUAAUGUAUACGAUGAAGAACGGUGAAUACCCAUAUAUGAAAGGGUAUAGACCUUCUUAUAACACUUCUGUUAUGAAAAAGAGAAUGUAUAAUAAUUAUAACUAUAGAUUAGGAGGAGAAUUUAAUUUGCCUGAAAUCAAGUGA